AUGGUACCGGCGGUCUUCGAGGACCUGCUGAACCGAUGGAGCAAGGAACAGAUCCGGAAAGAGGUUGACGAUGAUAUCAGUUGCCUUGUCACCGAUGUCAAUCACCCCUGGGCGGAAAUCACUGUCAUGGUGCCAGGAGAAGCAGAUGUUGAGUGUGCCCGUGUGGCAAAACUUACCGGCUGUUCAGUGUUGACGGAUGAUUCGGAUCUGCUGCUUCACGACCUUGGUCAGGAUGGCUCGCUCUUGUUUCUAGACUCGGUUCAAACGUCCUCGGGCGUCUGGGAUCCGGCCGAGCCAGAUAUUCGGGGGCUGAGGAUCUGUCCCCAUUCGCUCUCUGGCCGAUUGGGCAUCCCAAGCGUUCAGUGGUUUGCUUACGAAUUGCAAAAAAAUGCCCACCUGCGUUUUGCUGAACUUACCCGGAUAUCUCAGGAGAGCAGUAAGGCGACUGAGCUCUCCUCUGAAUAUCUGGAGUUUCUUCAAGAAUAUCAUGACGAUACCACUGAUAACGCGGUGAUACCUGGAGCAGAGCAGUCCGUACAACUGUUGGAUCCGAGGGUAUCGGAGUUAUUUUGGCAGUAUGAACUUCCUAGUAUUUACUGCUCGGAUGAACAGCCACACGUCUAUCUCGGGAUUUUGAACGAAGAUUUUUCCAGACGAUGUGCCUGGGAACAAGGUCGAACAUAUAGGUCCCUUGGGUACUCAUUUUUCAACCUUUCCCGUCUUGUUGUCAAUCGAUACGCAGUCGUACAUGAAUUCGUUCGCAGGGGUGGAAGGAUCGUGGCCGAGGAGAUCACUUUAAGCGGAACAAAGACCGUGAUCUCCGACCUGGAUCUUCUCAAGAAACGUCUUGCGCUAGCACACGCUACCUUUGACGACGGUCUGGCAGCGGAGAGCUUCUGGUUUUUGUAUGCUCUUUCCGAUAUUUAUCGUGAUGGAUCCGGUACAACCACAGUUCCAAAUGCGAAGGGGUUGGAGAGCUUUCUUAAAAAUGGAUAUAUGGCGCGAAGUACCGAAUGGGCGGAUAUUCACCUUCUUGCUCAAAUGCAAGCUGCACUGUACUCUUUACGAAUACUGAAGCAGCUGCUCGAUAUCGCAACUCCUGGUCUUGACUUGGUUGAUACCAGCUCACUACUCGCGGAUUUACCUCCACUACACAUAAUGAUGUCGCGACAGAAGAUGACCCAGAGCUUUGCCAACACUCGUCUUGUCCGGCAUGCGGUUUCUAAAUUGAUAGAAACGUAUGGUUAA